AUGUCGCAAUCCUCUGCUGAAACAUCCUCACCGCCUCAAUCCAAAUCACAGUCCAUCAAUCCAGGCCCACAAAGAGAAGCCGCCCACGACUCUCAUCCAUUAGCCGAAGAGCCUAAAUCCCAAUUGGACACCUUAAUCUCGUAUCUCGUCGCUGCGAAACGGUCUUUGUCGUCCAUAUACCAUGUAUCUCGGGCGGAUGAAAUAGUCAACACAGCUCGAAAUGCUUUAGAGGAAAGCGUUGUAUUAUCUGCCAAAACAGGUUUUCUCAGACGGGGCCAAAAGAACCAAAUUCGAUUGCUAUAUAAUGUUCGGGGUGAAAUUGAGAAUAUUUCCCACCGGGGACGUGCCGACUUCGCUGCCGUGCUGACACAGCUCGAUGAUGUUGACGGUCGUUUACGUCAAACACUAGACAAGCUACGGCAAACAGUUGUCCACCCUUCCUUCCGUCCAGAAGGCGAAGAGCCGAAAAGCCUUCAUGAUUUUGUGGACGAACGCGGUGUAGAAGAGCUGCAAGUAAUCCUAAAAGCUGCCAUAGACCGAACUACCGCGGCUCAGUCUCAGCUAGACACCUCUAGCUCGAGUUUCGAUGAGGAACUACGCGCACUACAACAUGCCCUGGGUAGAUAUCGUACUACAAUGGAGCUGGCCUCUUCACGCUCCUCACUUUCAGCGUCUUCUCCAAGCGCAUCCAGCCCUGCAUUAGUGUCUCCAUCAAGCAUACCACCCAUGCUACGAUCAUUAGAGUCUCACGCUCAGGAGAUGGCGGACUUACUUGAGUCUUUGGUACAUCAUUUUGAUCGAUGUGUGACUGCCGUAAAACACACAGAAGGCGGAGGGGCUGUCGCGCGUUCUAUCACUGGGGAUAUGCCUCAGGGACUUAAUGUUCCCCACACGGAAGAGACAGCAGACGACGCUGACCCCAGUGCGAAUGACACCGUUGACCCAAUGACCGACUCGGACUACGAAGAUAUGUUAGGCGUCCUUACGAAGGAUGCUGCGGAGGCAGAGGACGUCGUGCUUGAAAUUCAGGAACGAAGUAGCGAGAUGGAAACUAUUUUGGAGAGUAUCCUUUCACAUCGAGAUUCCGUGACCACUGUAUAUAAUGCCACUACAGAGGUUUUUGAUCAUCUUUCCACUCUGUCGACUUCCCGUCUACCUGAGUUUAUCUCACAAGCACACGCUUUCACACAUGUUUGGAACGAGGAGCACGAGCGCAUACGGACUGGCAUGGCAGAUCUUGUCGAUCUACGGUCCCUAUAUCUUGGGUUCCUCGAUGCCUAUGAUGGUCUUAUUCUUGAAGUAUCGCGCCGAAAACACAUGCGUCAGGGCAUCGAACGUGUCUUACGAGAGACCCGUAUCAAGCUCGACCAGCUAUAUGAGGAGGAUAUCAAUGCCCGCGAAGCGUUCAGGGUCGAACAGGGGGAUUAUCUUCCAUCAGACAUAUGGCCAGGCCUUAGCCGUGCUCCGAUGAGAAUCAAGUUUUCAAAAUUAUCUGGCGGCAAACUMCCUGCCGUAACGGGCCAGGACGAUGGUGAUGAAGUUCCUGUAGAAGGGACUGCUAUUGAGGACGAAGAGUCGAUAGACGGUGAUGACUAUAUACCUGAUCUGCCGAAGCAUAUUGUCGAUGAGGCUAUAGGCCGGUUGAAAGCCCGAGCCAAGGAAGAUGGUCUUCAAUGA